UGACAUCACUCCUCCUGUUGCAGUCACAACUCUGACACUUCAGCCUGCUCUCUGUUUCUCUACUCAGUGCUGUGGCGUGUUUUGACUGGCGGCGUCGGUGGUGGCGAAAUGUGGAUGAGAGCCUUGGUGUUGUGUCACCUCCUGAUAGCGGCCGAUCUCCAAUCGUCCAAUUCUCAGAACUGUUCGCUCACGUGCCUCCGCCAGGGAGGACCGGGAUGUGACUAUUGCAGAAUAAACAGCGAUGAAGUGGACGAAGUGAUCGGCUUGAAGCACAAAGGUACUUUAGGAAGUUGUAUUCCUUGGCCGUGUUUUCAACUGCUCGAAGAAGAGGACCCUCGUUUGUGUCAACACUUCGUUCAAGCGCCGCACGACAUCAACAUUGAGUCUGUGCCCAGUUCGGACCCUAAUUUGGAUUCUGUGGUUGUCUCCUGGAAGCCCAGCCAAUACGGUAUCGAGUUCUUGCGAGGCUUCCAGGUGUCCAUGCAGUCUUUGGGAGGGUCCGGUCUUGCCUGUCAGCUUUUUCUCUUCCAGCGAAAACUCACACUCUCGGCUUCACACGCUCAAAAGGUGUACAAGUCGGACAUGUUCUCCGGACUCUCCCUUGGCUCCGAUUAUGCUGUGACCGUCAUGGCCCUGCCUGUGCCAGAGAAGUGGGAGAAGUUCUAUCACAGCAAGAUCUUCUCCACGCGCUCGUGUGAGGAGAAAAAUGGCUUUUUGCAGUGUAAAGCAGACUGGUACCCCAAGUAUGUUGAUGUGCAGCAAAAAGAGGGCGUGGUCACGGUCACCUUCAACCUGGCUCCUCCCACCAUGGGCAUCACAAGCUACUUCUGCAUCUGUACAGCAGACAGCAAGACGACAUCCAGGGACAUCAUUCCUAAUCUUUCGGGAAACCAAACACACCACAGCUUCGCACUCGAAGACCUCGGAGAAGGAAGUAAUUACACAUGCGAGAUUGCAGCCAACCAAGUAGACGCGGUGAGAAAAGUAUUCUACGUCAAGAAGCAGGAAUCUACAACGGAACAUCACAACUUUCCCUACUGGACUCUGGCCUUUCUUUUUGUGUUUGCUGCGGCGAUCAUUUUUGUUGUCAUCCUGGUGAUCCGCAUGAGGAAACGCUACACGCAAACAAAGAAACUUAUCAUCGGACCAGAAAUAAUGAUCAAGCAACAUGAAGAGGAGGCUGCCAAGAAGGAAGAAAUAGUUCCGCUGUGCGGAAACAGGAAGAAUCCUCCCACCCUUCUUAUUUGCUACAGCAGGUGUGAUGGCCCCGCCCACAUGGACGCUGUCAUGAAGCUGGCAUCCUUCAUACAGCAGCACAUGGCCACCAAGGUGUCUUUGGACCGUUGGGAUUCUUUGGAAAUGUCCAAGGAGGGACAAAUGUCCUGGUACUGCCGCCACAUUCGUGACAGUGACUUCAUCUUAGUGGUCUGUUCUGGGGGUCUUCUUCGCCAGAGACCCCAGCCUUCACCCCAGGGGGUGCCUACAAAUAUGUCCGAAAUGAGCUGUGAGGCAAGCUCACACAGCAAGGUGAUGGUCAGCCUCAUGGGGGAGGAAGUGGGCCGGGCUAUAUCCGGCGGCGAGGACCUGUCUAAAUACAUGACCGCCAUUUUUGACUACUCUGACGAGAAGGACGUGCCCACGGAGCUCCGGCCGGUGGUGCGGUACAAGCUGCCCGCCGACUUGCCGCUGCUUUUCUCGCGCCUUCACCAAGUGCCGCUUCACAGUCCCGGUCGCUACGUGUCCAUAAAGUGCAUCUCGGAGGAAGAGUUCACUGAGAUGCCCGCCGGACAAGCUUUGCAGCAGGCUAUCAGUGCAGCAGCCAAGGCCAUGACAGAACUUCAACACAAGCAAGACAUACGUCUAAAAAUACCCGAGUGAUGCAGAUAUAGCGAGGUAACAAAGCCCCUCCAGGAAUUGAAUAUCGUGCCAAUUGGCCUUGCAACUUUGUCCAAUCUCUCAAAUUUACUCACAACAUUUUGGACAAUCAAAUUCGUCAAUACAUCAACUAUUUAUUGCUCAACUAACUGUACACGAUCUCCUCCUCUCGCAUUCUACAGCGCUAAGCCUUCUGGGUAAUGUAGUAUGUAACAUUUACAUGUAUUUAUGUAUUUAUUCAACUUCUGUUCAUCCAGGUUGAAGCAAUUAAGAACAGAUUCUGGUUUUCUAUGCCGGCCUAUAGCAAAGAAGCAGUAUUUAAGUCAAAGUUAAAGUACCAAUGAUAGUCACACACACUCCAGGUGUGGCGAAGUUAUUCUCUGCAUUCGUCCCAAUUUUGUCCGAAAUACCUUCGAGUCCCGCCGCUGGCCGCACAAGUCCCGGGAUGCCCAAAUUGUCCAAAACACACCCAGCAAAGUCCCAUGGGGAGAGGAGGGAUAAAAGUUGGAAAAGUCGGCAAAAGUCAGAAAAACGGUCAAAAAUCACACCCACGUCCGGGUUCGAAUUCUUGGAGUGCCGCCGCCGGCCGUGCAAGUCCUGGGAUGGCCAAAAUGUCCAAAACGUGCCCAGCCGGGUCCCACAGUGAGGAGGGAAUAAAAGUUGGAAAAGUCUCCAACGGUCCCAAAAAUGUUCAAAAUACCUACCCAGGAUUUGAGUCGGGUAGGCAGGCAGAAAAGUGAGAAAAGUCGGCAAAAGUCAGAAAAACGGUCAAAAGUCACACCCACGUCCGAGUCCACGAGUCCCGCCGCCGGCCGUGCAAGUCCCGGGAUGUCCAAAAUGUCCAAAACGCACCCAGCAAAGUCCUACGGGGAGAGGAGGGAUAAGAGUUGGAAAAGUCUGCAAAAGUCAGAAAAAUUAUCAAAAAUCACGUCCGGGUUCGAAUCCCAGGAGUGCCGCCGCCGGCCGUGCAAAUCCUGGGAUGCCCAAAAUGUCCAAAACGUGCCCAGCCGAGUCCCACAGUGAGGAGGGAAUAAAAGUUGGAAAAGUCUCCAACGGUCCCAAAAAUUUUCUAAAUACCUACCCAGGAUUUGAGUCCCACAAGUCCCGCUGCCGGCCGGGAUGCUCAAAAUGUCUAAAACACGCCCAGCAAAGUCCCACGGGUAGGUAGGCAGAAAAGUGAGAAAAGUCGGCAAAAGUCAGAAAAACGGUCAAAAAUCACACCCACGUCCGGGUCCACAAGUCCCGCCGCCGGCCGUGCAAGUCCCGGGAUGUCCAAAAUGUCCAAAACGCACCCAGCAAAGUCCUACGGGGAGAGGAGGGAUAAGAGUUGGAAAAGUCUGCAAAAGUCAGAAAAAUAAUCAAAAAUCACGUCCGGGUUCGAAUCCCAGGAGUGCCGCCGCCGAACGUGCAAGUCCUGGGAUGCCCAAAAUGUCCAAAAUGUGCCCAGCCGAGUCCCACAGUGAGGAGGGAAUAAAAGUUGGAAAAGUCUCCAACGGUCCCAAAAAUUUUCUAAAUACCUACCCAGGAUUUGAGUCCCACAAGUCCCGCUGCCGGCCGGGAUGCUCAAAAUGUCUAAAACACGCCCAGCAAAGUCCCACGGGUAGGCGGGCAGAAAAGUCAGAAAAGUCGGCAAAAGUUAGAAAAACGGUAAAAAUCACACCCACGUCCGGGUCCACAAGUCCCGCCGCCGGCCGUGCAAGUCCCGGGAUGUCCAAAAUGUACCCAGCAAAGUCACACGGGAAUGGGGGAAAAAAGUUGGAAAAGUCGGCAAAAGUCAGAAAAGUGAUCAAAACUCACACCCGUGUUUGAAUCCCACGAGUCCCGCCGCCGGCCGUGCAAGUCUCGGGUUGCCAAAAAUGUCCAAAACUCACCCAGCAAAGUCCUACAGGAAGUGGGGGGGAAAAGUCGGAAAAAGUCCCCAAAAUGUUCAAAAUACCUACCCAGGUUCGAGUCCCACAGCCGGCCGUGCAAGUUCCGGGAUGCUCAAAAUGUCCAUAACGCACCCAGCCGUUGUCAUAAAAACUUCUGUUAUAAAAAUGACAGAAGUUGGCAAAAGUCAGAAAAAUGGUCAAAAUACCUACCUAGGUUCGAGUCCCACAAGUCCCGGGAUGCCCAAAAUGUCCAUAACGCACUCAGCCGAGUCCCACGGGGCGGGGUGGAUAAAAGUUGGAAAAGUCGGCAAAAGUCCCCAAAAUGUUCGAAAUACCUACCCAGGUUCGAGUCCCACAAGUCCCGUUGCCGGCCGCGCAUGUCCCGUGAUGCCUAAAAUGUCCAAAACUCACCCAGCAAAGUCCCACGGAAAGUGGGGGAGAAAAGUGUGCAAAAGUCCCCAAAAUGUUCAAAAUGCCUACCCAGGUUCGAGUCCCGGGAUGCCCAAAAUGUCCAUAACGCACUCAGCCGAGUCCCAUGGGGCGGGGUGGAUAAAAGUUGGAAUAGUCGGCAAAAGUCCCCAAAAUGUUCGAAAUACCUACCCAGGUUCGAGUCCCACAAGUCCCGUUGCCAGCCACGCAAGUCCCGUGAUGCCUUAAAUGUCCAAAACGCACCCAGCAAAGUCCCACGGAAAGUGGGGGAGAAAAGUGGGCAAAAGUCCCCAAAAUGUUCAAAAUACCUACCCAGGUUCGAGUCCCACAAGUCCCGUCGCCGGCCGCGCAAGUCCCAGGAUGCCCAAAAUGUCUAAAACUCACACAGCCAAGUCCCACGGGAAGGGGGGAAUAAAAUUUGUAAAAGUUGUCAAAAGUCCCAAAAAUUUUCAAAAUACCUACCCGGGUUCGAGUCCCACAAAUCUGGCCGCCGGCCGGGAUGCCCAAAUUGUCCAAAUGGCACCCAGCAAAGUCCCACGGGAAGCAGGGAGAAAAGUCGGCAAAAGUCAGAAAAAUGGUCAAAAAUCCCCACCCAGGUUCGAGUCCACAAGUCCCGUCGCUGGCCGUGCAAGUCCCGGGAUGCCCAAAAUGUCCACAACGCACCCAGCCAAGUUCCACAGUGAGAGGGGGAUAAAAGUUGUCAAAAGUCCCAAAAAUGUUCAAAAUACCUACCCAGGUUCGAGUCCAACAAGUCCUGCCGAGAUGCCCAAAAUGUCUAAAAUGCGCCCAGCAAAGUCCCACAGGAAGGCGGAUAGAAAAGUGAGAAAAGUCAGUCAAAUGUUCACAAAUCACACCCGGGUUCAAGUCCUACAAGUCCCGCAAGUACAAAAACGAGAGACUAAACUUCCUACCUACUUUUACCUUCUUCCAUUUUGUACUUAGGCCUAAAAGUCUGAGCGUCGCCUGAAUAUCACCUCCUUGGAGGUGAGGGGAGCAGUGAGCAGCAGAGGUGGCCACGCCCGGGAAUCAUUUUUGCUGAUUUAACCCCCAAUUCCAACCAUUGAUGCUGAGUGCCAAGCAGGGAGGUAACGGUUCCCAUUUUUAUAGUCUCUGUUAUGACUCGGCCGGGGUUUGAACUCACAACCUACCCGUCUCAGGGCGGACACUCUAACCACACGUUGGAGAUGUUGAAGUGUGAUGAUCAUUUCUCAUUAGCUAUCAUUCACCAACAAAAAAUUUCCGCGAUAGGUCGUUAAAAGUUGAUUGAGAAUGUUAUCGGAAAAAAGGCCUGAAAUCUUUGUGAAGAAGCUGCCGUAAAUUCCAGCACUUUAAGCCUCAACCAUCACAGAGUUUAGUCGUCAAGUCAGUGAUGGACACAAGAAGUGACCGAAUGAGAUGAGUCUUGGACGCUUCAGUUGUGUAUCAAGUACAAGCAGGACUUUGACCUAGGAAUGUAAUAGGAGGUCUGUGCCCUCAAAAUAAUGCAUGAACACUUCAGUUAAGCUAAACAUAUAUAU